AUGGUUUGCUGGCGACCGAAUUGCAGAAUUGAUCGCAAGCAGGAGGCUGAAGGCAGAAAGAGUAUACAGAAUUGCUGCGACUCUGCAAUGAAAAGACUUGAACGCGCCGCUGCUGCGCGACGUGCAGCCGUCGCUUCAACAGCCGUGAAAGAAGCGGAAGCGCUCUGUGUGCGGGCUCCGGCGUGGCGGGCGCGAAGCGCGGCGGCGCGGCGCGGCGGGGGUGCGGGGCGGCGGGGCGGGAGCGGGCACGCGCUGGACGAGAACUGGCUGCUGAGCCGGUCGGUGCCCAACCUGCUGCUGGGGCCGCCGUCGCCCUUCGCGUACGCCGGCAGCGGGUCGGCGUCGUCGCCCAGCGGGCCCAGCGCGCCCUCGCCAGCCGACCCGCCCUCCUUCUCGUACCUGGCGUCGGGCGGCCACGUCAUGUACCUGCCGCAGUACGAGGCACCUCGCGACACCGAGGCCCUCGCGCCGCGCGGACGCUGCUACAGCGCGGGCGCCGCGGGCCGGCUGGAGUCGCGCUCGGGCGGCGGGCUGCUGUCCAAGUCGUGCGAGGACCUGGCGGCGGCGCCGAGAUGCGGCAGAUCCGCCGCACCCGCGCCGUCCCGUCGCCGUCGCCGUCUCGUCGCCCGAGGGCCCGCCGCGGGCGCGCGCGGCCGGGCACGGCAGGGCGCGGCAGGCAGGGCAAGGCGCGCGGCAAGGCGAAGCGCUUCACCUUCCAGAGCACGUGCGCCAGAUCGAGCGCGGCGCCUGGCGGAGCGGCUGUCGCGCGAGGCGAGCCAAAGAGCGCCAGCGCCUGGGCGAGCUGGAGCCAUGCGCCAGGUGGAGGAGGAGUUCCAGCGCAAGCGCGCGCGAGAGAAGGCCUCCAUCCGGCAGCAGCUGCGCCUCUUCUCGCUCGACGAGAAGCUGUUCGCGUCGCUGCCCGCCGAGUGGCAAGGCGACGAGCCCGCACAUACCCACGCGCACCGCGCCGACCCCGAGGGCGCGCCCUCCUCCUCGCACUCGUCGGCGCACAGCUCGGGCGGCGGUGGUGGAGGUGGAGCGUCCAAGGCCGGCGGCAGCGGCGCCUCCAAGCAGCAGCAGCAGCAGCAGCCGCUCGCCCCCGCCGCCGCGCCUCAAGACCUCAAGACGCCCUCCACGCAGGUGCUCUCCGAGUUCAGGGAGCCCCGGCGCGAGUACCGCGAGUACCGCCCCACCAGGUAUAUUGACUCCGGUCCAGAGUCCCUUCCUCACCUGGAGCCUAAGAGGGCCACUGUACAUCCGCCUGCUGUCUCUAAACAGCUACAUUUUCUCAAUAUUUUGCCUCUUGGCUUUACAGCGUAUCAUGAGCAGGGCCGUGGUGGAGGGUCAACUCCCCGAUCAUCAUCUUCUGACAACUAUAGGCGAGAUUUUGCACACGGAGCAAGGCCACCUGGCCGCUCAGCCACAAGCUCAGAUUCUGAUGUGUCUCAAGUAAAUGGGCGACCUACAUCCCGACAAGCAAAUUCUGGGUACCAGCAUUCCCGGCCUCUUCGCAGCAGAUCAGCAAGCCCUGAACUGGAACGCACAAGCAGCUCUUCCAAUAUGGAAGAAGGACCGGACAUCCCUUACAAAAGGGACACAUCUUCAGCUUCACCUACAGAUGUAAAACAUCCAUCAGCUGAAAAUGCUCAUUCUACAACAACAGAUGGUAGCAGGUUUAGGCUGACAUCUUUACAGCCAUUUGUGCGUAAUGGAAAAGGGUAUCGCCCUAUAGUGUUCAACCCCAGAACCCCAGCGUCACACAACAUUGCUCAAACUGUUAGUUAGUAAGUGUACAUGUUAUAUUUUGUCAUGUAAUUAUAAGAAUGUAUGAUAUGACUAUUAAAAUUUCUUAAAUUUUUAUAUUGUUAAUAACACUAGAGUUUGUAUGUAUCAAAUGAGAAGAUGAAUCUUUGUUAAGAUUGUUGUUAAAGAGUGGCAUUUCCAUUAAUAAUGUUAUUACUAAAAAUACAAUUUAACACCUUGGUCACUUUUCUUACAUAAAUCAUUUCUUUAAGGUUUUUAUUUAUUGCUUUUUAUUGGCAACUCAUUGAAAUACUGAAAAAUGAUCUGGGGGAAGUUAUUUGACUCAAGAUCCAAAGUGUAAUACACAUGGUGCCAAAAAGCUUCAAUGUUAAAAAGCCAAAGUGAAGUGUAAAAUCAUGUUAUUAGUAGUAUCAAUAUUAUAUUUAAUGUCAUAAUAUAUACUGUUGGUGGUAUAUUUUUAAAAAAAUGGUAAAGAAAAGAUGUAUGUACCAUUCAAUUUCUUAUUCAAUACAAAUGAAGUAUAUUGGCCUAAUGAUGUUCUGCAAUUCUUGAUCUAUCUGUUUUUGUAUCAUUAUGUAUAUAUGAAAUGGAUAAUAACAGUACCUAAUACAAAUUCUGUUUUUG